UUUCAUUUCAUAUCACCUUAUAACAAUUUAGAUAUUAAAUAAUUACUCUCUUUUAGGUUUUCUUGUGCUGAAAUUUUGAAUAGGCCUUGGUAUUGCAUUUUUCUGUUAUUAACCAUUUUCUGUUAUCAAAUGGCAGAGAAAUGUGUUGAUGUACCAGUGAUUUCUGGACUAACUAUGUCGACACGUGUUGGUGUAUUAAGAAGAAGACACACUUCUGGAAAAACUAGUCCUGGAAAUAAUGAAGAAAAACUUGUUCCUCAUUAUCUUCGAGAUUCGACAGGUUCCUGUCAUGAUUUUUGCAAAUAUGGGAUGAAGCUUGCACUUGAAGAAAAGAAAAAAAGUUUAAUACCAAGGAUAGCCGAAAGAACACAACUUCACAGAAGUACACUACAGAACCUUGCUGAAAUCGUAACAUCAGGUGUCAAACUUCGUGCAUCAAUGAAUUCCAAACCAACCAAGAUGUCGUUGGUCAAACACAGGAAAUCAACUGAUUCUGAGGUCCGGAUUUCUAAUGUCUCAGACACGACCAAGGUCGUUAAAACUGAACCUUGCGAGCUAGUUAAACCUGGCAAGGAAGUUGUGGUAAACAGGAAGAAAACAUCACUGGCCGGUGUGAAGCGAUUGCCCCUCCUUCCAAGGUCGCAGAAUUGCUCUACCUAUAAAACAAGGAAGCCAGAAAUUUCAUCAAGUUCUAAGGUGGACACUACACCGAAACCAAUUUCCAAGAGGGUUGGAGCUUCAUCAAUAUCAAAUUUCAAGAAAGAGGAACUUCUAUUGAAAUCAACCUCUCGAAGGGUGAAAACUCAUCCAGUAUCAACUUUUCAAUUGGCCAAAACUUCAUCAAAUUCCACUUCUAAGAAGACGCAAAUUUCAUCGAAGUUUUCUGAAAAGAAUGUGACUUCAUUGAAUCUAGAUUCCUCCAAAGCAGAUUCACCAAGGGCUUCCUUGUCAUCAAAAUCUUCUCGAAGAAGAGUUGCAGGUAUUAAUAUCCACAAGAGCCUGAAAACUGCGUCACGUGUUAAGAAUUAUCCUAAGCCUAAAAAGGUUGAACAUGAGGAACACUACAGUGAGGCCGAGGAAAAGACUUUGUAUGUCAUCAAGAUGGAAAAUGAAGACAGUACUUUUCAAUCUGAUCAAAAUGCAAUCCAAGAUAUUGAAUUAAGCCCCUCUAAAUCAUUGUCAUCAUCCAAGUUUUCAUCACAAGAUCAAGAGGAAUCUGAAUAUGCAACAAGUGAGUUCGAGGAGCAUUCUUUUCCAGAAAACGAUGGAAAAGAAAACAAGGAAACUUUGGAGACAUUGUUGGAUUUGGAAGUUGAGGAGAAUGAGAAACCUCAAAAGGGUGAGACUGAAAAGUUGGCUGAAACUGAAAGUGAGAAAAGUUGUCCAACAGAAAACUAUGGAAACGAAAACAAGGAAACUUUGGAGAGAUUGGAUUUGGAAGUUGAGGAGAAUGAGAAACCUCAAAAGGUUGAGAUGGAAAAUUUGGCUGAAACCGAAGUCGAGAAAAAUAGUCCAAGUAAGCUUAAACUCAAUGGAGGAAAAGUGUUGAAGGAAAAUGCUACUGAUGGUGAUGAAACUGUUGCUAUAACUGGUCUUGAGAAAAUUGUUUUGAGACAUCAAGAUGUGAAGGGGAAGAAAGAUGAACAAGUAUUGUUGAAUAAUGUGAUCGAGGAAACAGCUAGUAAACUGGUUGAACCUCAGAAGGGUAAGGUGAAAGCUUUGGUUGGUGCAUUUGAAACUUUAAUUUCUCUCAACGAGAAAAAAACUUGAGAAAAUGCUCUCAAUUGAUGUAUCGGUAGACAUUUUCUAGUUAUUUCAUUUAGUGUAUGUUUGGAUCGUAGAAGAGUUUGACCAAAUCACAAUGCGUCGUUGUGAUUUUGUCAAACUCAAUGUGAUUCCGAACAUUUAUUUACUUUGUAAAGAAAUAAUAGGAUAAUAGACCAAAGCUUGUGACAGUAGAUGUCAGUCAAGUUAACAAGCUGAUGGUUAGAUUUUCCUUGUUGAAGUUAAAUUAGAGUUGAAAGGGGAAUAAUCUUUGUAUUCCUGUUCACCACUCAUCAUAA